AUGGCAAAACCAAAACAGCAAAAUAGAGGUCAGCAAGGAGGCCGGGGAUUCAGAUUCGGCCGAGGAAGAGACGGUAGAUCCAACAAACCCAACUUGGAUUCACACGUUCCUGAAGACAGCAACUCCCGCUUUCCAGCAGAGAGCUCCGAACCUAGUGCAUCCCGUGGCAGAGGCGGAUACAGAAACGUUCCCUCCGGAGGACGAAAGCACGAUCUUAAUAAAUCUGGGAAUUUGCAGAACCCACGGAUUGCGUCCACGGGGAAUGUGAAAGUCUCUGUACCCGAUGGCCUCACCAGCAAGGCGAGUAAUGCCUUUUCGAAUGCUUACCAGACCGGCAGUCCAAACCGUGAUGGAAAAUACUUCGUCAAAGCAUACCCUGGUUCUUCGUCAAAGCUUAAGCCAGAGGAAGACCGUGUCCUUUCCCCUCGGUCUCUGCAAUUCGGUCCCACAAAGAAGAGCUUCUACCAAGGCCCAGGUAGGGAUGCACCUGCCAUGGUGAGAAACACUCUACCCGCUAAACCUUCGGCAUUUCAGCGUCUUCCUGGUGAGCUACGUUGGAGGAUCUAUGAACUCGUAUUUGACGUUCACCGAGUCGAAGUCCUGCGUUCGCGGGACAAGAACCCAGAAAACAACAUCAAGCGAGUUCAUUACCGCCUCUACCAUCGCCAGCUGCGACCUCGCGAUCCAAAAACACAUGUCGCACCCCCAAGUGAAGGACGUUUUACUUGUCCUCCCCUCCCCAUCGCGCUUCUGAUCACAUGUCGCAGCAUCUAUCGUGAUACACUGUGCUUGUUCUACUCCAGGACGCAGUUCAUUUUCAACACGACUCGCACCGUAAUGCGCUUUUUGAAGGUCACCAACAAAGAAGCUCAAAUGGCGAUCCAGCACAUCGAGCUCAAUCAUACCAUGUACAGCGAGCCUGCGCUGCUGAAUUUCCGAUGGUACAAGUGCAUGAGCGACAUGGCGUGGUACAAUGCCUGCGAUGACCUGACUGUCUACUGCAAGUCGCUGCGUGUCCUUCAUAUCGAUAUGAAAAUUCGAGACUGGCCCAUCAGUCUUCAGGUUGGAGAGCGGUGGUCCUUGCCGCUGCUUGCCUUUGCGCGCUAUGGACCACGACUCGACUGGGUCGAUAUUCGACUUCACAUGGGCAGCUUCAAACAGGACCAGCUUGAGAAAGUCGCUCGGGAGAUUGAGGAACAGAUUAUGGAUCCAACAGCUUUUCAGAUUCGCGAAGAUGAACGACUGGCGAGGGAGUUGGCGGGGCCUGUCAAAGCCAAGGUUUUAAGACUUAUGUUCUAG